UCAGUUCGCUUUUGUGUCGCCUUGUGGCAGGUCGCCUCCGCAGUCGGCUACUUGAUAUUCGAUACCUGGUAGCUGCGCUCCGCCGUCGCUCAUCCGCCCCGUCGGCCCGGUACGAGAAGCACGCACAGAACGCUGCGAAAGUGCGCCAACUUUCAUUCAAAGUGAACUGAAUUUGAAAGUGCGGAAGGAUAGGCGUUGUCUGGCCUCUUUGGAGGUCCUGCUGGCGCCACCGAACUAUCUUGAGAAGCGCGAAAUGCGCCUGCACACAUAAAUUGCAAUUAAACAAGGACAAAGAAAUUGAAGAACACAAGGGGAAACCCAGUAAAAUAUCCCAACCAUCUGCAAUAGCAACAAAUAGCCCGUUGAAACUUUGCUGGCCAGCGAGCCAAGUAGCCAAACAUAAAUAAAGAGCGCGCACAUUUAUUUAUUACUUGGCCCGAACUUUUCGCAAAAUGCCAGCGGGUCGAGUGGCUGGCAAGGCCGGCUACUCCAAUCACUACUACAAUGGACGCUCCUACGUGGGCAUCAACGAGGAGAUCAUGUGGGUGAGCAUCGGCAUGGGCGUGACCAUAGUGCUCCUGAUCACGAUCGCCUUGUGCUACAUUGCGCGCGAGAAGUGCCAGAAGAGGCAGCGGGAGUACUACGUGACCGCAUAGUUGUUGUACGCGGCCUGCCAAACGACGGAGCAGCAGGGGCAUACCCGGGAUCAGGUCAUGGGCAUGGAGGAGGGAGCUGGCAAAUCGCAGAGCGAUGGCGGCAGUCUCGUGGCAAGCCCCGGGGGAGAACCACCAUCGCCAGCAGGAUCACAGGCAGCCGUCACCGUCAUGCAUUGGUCUGUGGUCGACAUCUGUGCCCGCAGCUGGGGCUGACAUGCCCA